AUUAUUGUCCACCAAAAUUGCAUGGAUUAAAAACUGCCCUCGUUUUCCGCACCUGGAUUACCCUCCAAAUUACCCCAUUUACCCUUUGUUCCAUAUUUACCUUCUUCAUUGUCGCAUUUGGAACCCCAUACAAAUUUGUGAGCGCAUCGGCGAGGGUUUUGGGGACAUUACUGGUGGUGACAACGGAGAAUUACCUGUGCUCACUUGGUGGUGGAGGCUUCGAUUAAUCCGGGUCAUGGCAAAUCGAGCGUCAAGGAAUGUAGCUGUGAUUCAAAUGGUGGAGGAUAUCUUACACAAUCAGCAAAUGGAGCUGCUGUCUAUUGUUCUCCCUCUCCUCUGUCUGAGGGGGAAUCGUUCUCGCAGGAAUAUGAGGACCAUCAGAGCAGCUUUUGAGAGGCUAACCCGGAUCCCUGCCCAAGUAAGGUACUUCAAUAGGCUCGUGAAUGUCUCCGACGUCGCCUGCGUAGAUAACUUGCGUAUGGACCGCAACACAUUCGGGAGAUUAUGCAUUCUUCUUCGUGGGACCGGGGAUUUGAUGGAUGGGAACUUUGUGAGUGUGGAAGAACAAGUUGCCAUGUUCUUGGGAAUCCUAGCACAUCACAAAAAAAAUCGUAUAGUGCUGUUUCAAUUUACGAGGUCUGGAUAUACUGUAUCACGUUAUGUGCACGCCGUGCUCGGUGCGGUCCUCAAGCUACAUGAUACCCUGCUCGUGACACCCGAACCUGUGUCUGAUGAGUGUGAUGAUAGUAGGUGGAAAUGGUUCAAGGGAUGCCUUGGAGCUUUGGAUGGAACAUACAUUAAUAUGCAUGUGCCAAAUGAGGACAAACCCCACUAUCGAUCAAGAAAGGGGCAGAUUUGCACGAAUACAUUGGUUGUAUGUGAUCGUAUGAUGAGAUUUGUGUAUGUUCUUUGUGGAUGGGAGGGUUCAGCUGGAGACGCACAUGUAUUACGUGAUGCCGUCACUCGGGAACACGGUUUAAAAGUACCAAGAGAUAAUACCUACGGACUUCAAUAUGUCUUUGAUUCGGCUUGCAAUAUGUUUUAUUCAAGCCUUGUAGUCGAUGCAUCUAAUUUGUAUUAGGCAAUUACUACCUGUGCGACAAUGGCUACGCGAACAGCGAUGGCUUCCUUACUCCAUACAAGGGGGUCAGGUAUCAUCUCAAGGAGUGGGGUGUAGGUACCCAGGCACCACAAAAUACGCGUGAAAUAUUCAACAUGAGACGCACAAAAGCUCGUAAUGUGAUUGAGAGAGCAUUUGCAAUGUUAAAAAUGCAUUGGGGUAUAUUAAGGAGUGCUUCGUACUAUCCAUCAAAAAUCCAAAUUAGACUUAUGAUAGCUUGUUUCUUAUUGCACAACUUUAUUAGGUCUGAAAUGGAAAAUGACCCAAUGGAAAUUGACUUAGACAAUGCAACAACCAUUGAUGUCGGCUAGGGUAAGGGCCAGGCGAUAGAAUUUGUCGAUAUUGUUGAGCCAACUCCGGCGUGGACCAACAUGCGUGACACACUUGCAGAAUCAAUGUGGAAUGGGUAUGGGAACAAUUUGGCGCCGUGAUCGUGAGCAUGGGGUACCUUUUAGGGAGGCACUCAUUUUUAGCGCCUAUAAUUAUACCCACUUAUAUUUAUUUUUUUUUGUAAUGAAUAUGUGAUGGACUUAACAUAUGAGUGCUUGAAUCUUCAUCUAUUUGCCUGUAAUCUUUCAAUUAUUUGCCUGUAAUCUUUCAACUGACUUGACCCUA